UUGUUUCUCUUCUUUUUAAAUAGGCCCAAGGAUAAAGCCACUUCAUGCUUGUUUAGUCUGUACUCUAUACUCUGUACAUCUCUAGCUCUCUUGCUUUCCCUAUAACUUUGCUCCAUAGCCAAACGCUUUUGCAGGAGCGAUCGAGAAAGAUAGAGAGAUCUCUCUCCAUUCUUAUCCAAAGAAGGAACACGUACUGGUUUGAAUUAGUUCAACAUGAUGAACCUCAUACCACAAUCAGUCCAGUCAAAAAUGGGUGUGUAUGACAUUGAAAUAGGAGGUGCAAACGUUAAGGUAAGCAUAGUCGAUAAUCCUGCUUUCGUUUGUACUAAGAUGGAUGAGUUAAGAUUUUCAUUACUAUAUCCAAAAAAAAAAAAAAAAAAGAUCUUCAUUACAAACUUCAGAAUGGCGUUUCUCAAAAAAAAGAAAAAAAAAAAAACUUCAGAAAGGAAAGUUGUUGGACUCGACAUUAAGUUUGUCAAAACUGAUGGGAAUUUAAAUAAAGGCAAAUUUUUGAUUCUUUGUGUCGGGAGUGAUUGCUUGAUGAUCCAAUUACCCGACUCGGAGAACAUAUCUGAUACCCUUGGGUGGUUUCUGUCGGAUGAGACUAUUUGUUUUCUGGGUACCGGAAUGAGCAACAUAGUUUCAGAGCUAGGCAGCUUUUAUUUUUAUCCAUACGGACAGAACCAUAGAAUAGCAAGGGUAUCGAACGGACGCCUUAUAACUACAAAAGCAACGCAAUCUGUAAAUUUAAAGACAGGCGUUGAAGUAGGCUUUUUGGCUGCAAAAAUUCUGAAGAAACCCAAUGUUGAGAGUUAUGGAUUAGCGGAGUUGGCAGGUGAAGUUGGAAUGGAUACAGAGGAACCAAUUAGUGAAUGUCCUGACUGGAAUGCUAAGGUGUUCUCAGAUGAAGAUGUCAAGUAUGCAGUGCACAAUGCCUAUACUUCUUGUGUUAUUGGGAAUAAGCUCUUUGAUACACUCUAAGCCUCUAAGGCCAUCUUGUAUAUGGGUUUGACUGCUUUAAUUAUGUGUUGUUAUAUAUUCUAUAUAUGCUAAUGUUGCAUGUGAUAUGUGUAAUUCGAACUACUUUAAUGAAAUUUCUGGUUGUGUUUGGUUUGUCCUAAA